AUUCUUUAGUGUAAUCUGUGGUAUCAGUUCUGAUUUUUCUUUUGUAAUUUAAUUUUUAUAGUUUAGUGAAAAAUAAUAUUUAAUGUCUUUAUUAAAAUGUGAUGUGAAAUUAUAAUAAAACGCAAGUAGAACUAAAAAAAACUCAAAAUGUCGCUCGAAAUUCCUUUAAUGAGCACCGAUGAGGUGAUCGAGCUAGAUCCAGAUCAGUUGCCUUCUGGAGAUGAAGUUCUGGGUAUACUUCAACAAGAGAGAUCUCAACUCAAUGUUUGGAUCAAUGUCGCCCUCGCAUAUUACAAGCAAAGGAAAAUCGAUGACUUUCUUAAAAUAUUGGAGUCAUCCCGAGUGGAUGCAAACAUUGACUAUCGAGACUUUGAAAGAGACCAAAUGCGAGCCCUCGACAUGUUGGCCGCAUAUUAUGUUCAGGAGGCCAAUAAGGAGAAGUCGAAGGAUAGAAAAAAAGAGCUGUUCACAAAAGCCACACUUUUGUACACUAUGGCAGAUAAAAUCAUUAUGUAUGAUCAGAACCAUCUCCUCGGUCGAGCCUACUUCUGCCUGCUUGAAGGUGAUAAAAUGGAACAAGCGGAUGCACAGUUCAACUUUGUGCUGAAUCAGUCACCUAAUAAUGUCCCUUCCUUGCUUGGAAAGGCAUGUAUAGCCUUUAAUCGUAAAGAUUAUAGAGGUGCUCUAGCAUUUUACAAAAAGGCUCUUAGAACAAAUCCUGAUAGUCCUGCUGCUCUUAGACUUGGUAUGGGACACUGUUUUAUGAAAUUGAACAAUCAAGAAAAGGCUAGAAUGGCAUUUGAAAGGGCACUUCAGUUAGAUCCACAAUGUGUUGGAGCCCUGGUGGGCCUUUCAAUUUUAAAACUUAAUCUACAGGAGAAUGAAUCCAAUAAGAUAGCAGUUAUCAUGUUGUCAAAAGCAUAUGCCAUAGAUCCCAAGAAUCCAAUGGUCUUGAAUCACUUGGCUAACCAUUUCUUCUUUAAAAAGGACUAUAGCAAAGUUCAGCAUCUCGCUUUGCACGCGUUUCAUAACACGGAAAACGAAGCAAUGCGCGCCGAGAGCUGUCACCACCUCGCCCGAGCGUUCCACGCGCAGGGCGACUGUGACCAAGCCUUCCAGUAUUACUACCAAGCCACACAGUUUGCACCACCCAACUUCGUACUGCCACAUUAUGGACUCGGCCAGAUGUAUAUUUACAGAGGAGAUACUGAAAAUGCUGCGCAGUGCUUCGAGAAGGUAUUGAAAGCCCAGCCUGGUAACUAUGAGACUAUGAAGAUCCUCGGAUCGCUAUAUGCGAAUUCACCGUCACAGUCGAAACGCGAUAUCGCGCGGCAACAUCUUAAGAAAGUGACUGAACAGUUUCCUGACGAUGUAGAAGCAUGGAUCGAAUUAGCUCAGAUACUUGAACAGAAUGAUUUACAGGGCUCUUUGAAUGCGUAUAGUACCGCCAUGAAGAUAUUAAAAGAAAAGGUGAAUGCAGAUAUCCCAGCGGAAAUUUUGAACAAUGUGGCAGCUUUGCAUUACAGACUUGGAAAUUUGCAUGAAGCUAAAAAAUAUUUAGAGGAUGCCCUAGAGAGAGAGAAAGCCGAUGCAGAAACCCUAGAUGCCCAGUACUACAACUCUAUAGCAGUGACCACAAUGUAUAAUUUGGCACGCCUAAAUGAAGCACUCUGUGUAUACAACAAAGCUGAGAAACUUUACAAAGAUAUAUUAAAGGAGCAUCCGAACUAUAUUGAUUGUUAUUUAAGGUUGGGUUGCAUGGCUCGUGACAAAGGUCAGAUCUACGAGGCAUCUGAUUGGUUUAAAGAGGCCCUUAAAGUUAACACUGAACAUCCAGACACAUGGUCGCUUCUCGGCAACCUUCAUCUUGCUCAACAGGAAUGGGGGCCAGGACAGAAGAAAUUUGAAAGGAUCCUGCAAAUAUCCUCUACUUCAAAUGACGCAUACUCAUUAAUUGCUCUCGGUAAUGUUUGGCUUCAAACUCUACACCAGCCGUGCCGCGAGAAGGACAGAGAGAAAAGGCAUCAAGAACGCGCCCUUGCUAUGUACAAACAGGUGCUUAAGAAUGAUCCGAAAAAUAUAUGGGCAGCUAACGGCAUCGGUUGUGUUUUGGCUCAUAAGGGUUGCGUCAACGAAGCCCGGGAUAUCUUUGCACAAGUGCGCGAGGCUACGGCCGACUUCCCUGAUGUUUGGAUGAACAUCGCUCACAUUUAUGUGGAGCAGAAACAGUACAUCAACGCAAUACAAAUGUACGAGAACUGCAUCCGCAAGUUCCGCAUGCACCACGACGUGGAGUGGCUGACGUGGGCGGCGCGCGCGGCGGCGGCGGCGGGGCGCGCGCGUGCCGCUCGGGCGCUGCUGCUGCGCGCGCGGCGGGUCGCGCCGCACGACGCCGCGCUGCUCUACAACGCCGCGCUGGCGCUGCGCCGCCUCGCCGCCCACGUGCUGCGCGACGAGCGCGCCGCGCUGCGCCAGGUGCUGCGCGCCGUGCACGAGCUGCAGCUGGCGCACCGCUACUUCGCGCGGCUGGCCGGCGCCGCGCCCGCCGCCGCCGCCGCCGCCGCGCCCGCCGACGGCGCGGAGCGCGCGCGCCUCGAGCCGCAGGCCGCCGCGGCGGAGGCGCGCGCCGCCGCCGACCUGCUCUCGCAGGCGCAGUGGCACGUGGCGCGCGCCCGCCGCCAGCACCACGAGGAGCUCACGCUGCGUGAUCGACAGCGCGAGCAGCGUGAGGCCUUCCGCCGACAGCAGGAAGAAGAAAGGCGUCGCCGAGAAGAGGAACAACAAAAGAGCACCGUAGAAAUGCUGCAGAAGAGGCAGGAAUACAAGGAGAAGACGAAGAACGCGCUCCUGUUCGCGGAAAUGCCGCCGGAGGCGAAGUCGAAGGGGCGGGGCCGCCGCCGCGACGAGUACGUGUCCGACUCGGGCAGCGGCAGCGACGCGCCGCGCGCCGACGACGGAGAAUCAUCGAAAGCUCGGAAACGCAAGCCCAAGGAGCCCAAGGAGAACAGAAAGGGUCGGUCUCGCAAGCGACGCGAGCGAGGCUCGGGCAGCGACAGCGAUCCGCCGCGGAAGAAGGGACGCAAAAAGGGCGAAAAAGGUAUUGGUCGCCGCGAGAAAGCUGCCAAGGCUGCUGACGAGAAACUCAGCGCUAAACAACGCGCAAAGAUUGUAUCGAAAGAGACCAUAUCGACAUCAGAGUCGGACUCGGAUGGUUCCCGCAAGAGUCGCAGCCGCAGUCGGAGCCGCAGCGGCAGUCGCAGCCGCAGUCCGCCUGCUAAUAAAGGCCGCAAGAGGAUCAUGUCCGCUUCGGACAGUGACGGAUCAACCCGUAAAUCCCGAUCCAGAUCCAAAAGUGGAUCUCGAGACCGAUCCCGCUCCAAAAGCGGAUCUCGAGACAGGUCACGCUCUAAGAGCGGAUCUCGAGACCGAUCACGCUCCAAGAGCGGAUCUCGUGCCAGGUCACGCUCUAAGAGCGGAUCCCGAGAUCGAUCACGCUCCAAAAGCGGAUCUAGAGCUAGAUCACGCUCUAAAAGCGGAUCUCGAGCACGAUCACGCUCCAAGAGUGGAUCUCGAGAUAGAUCACGCUCCAAAAGCGGAUCUCGAGACAGAUCACGGUCAAAGAGUGGGUCACGGGCUCGGUCACGAUCAAAGAGUGGAUCGCGAGCUCGGUCACGUUCGAAAAGCGGUUCACGAAGCAAGUCACGCUCGCGUUCAAAGUCAGGUUCGCGAUCUCGAUCCGGUUCUAGAUCACGCUCAGGAUCCAGAUCUCGUUCUGGCUCUAGAUCUGACUCACCGGUCUCUGCGAAGUCCGUAUCCGCCAGCGAAGAUGAAGCAUAACUUCUGUAUAUUAAUAAGCUACUUAGGUAGCAGUUUGUAUUAUAAGAUUUUUGUUUACUAUUUACAUAAUGUAAUAAUUUCAUU